AUGGGCACAGCGACCGAUUUGCGGUCUCCUCUUUCAAACAAUGAUCCGCUCGAUGCCUUACCACCACCUUACACAGAGCACGACCCGCGGACUGCGGGUCAAGCUCCCCAAUAUGACACACCAUCCUAUACUGAAUCUACCAGCACAUCUGCAACCACCAAAUUCCCACCUGCCAUGAACGGAUACUUUCAAUGGAAACUCACGACCACGUUCCACCUUGGACCGACCGCAGAAGAAAAGCUGUACGCGGUGUCAACCGCCGCGACUGUUUUCAAUAGCAAACCCACGGUCGUGUUACACGAUGGUCCAACUAAUAAGCACCCGGUAAUGGCAACGGCUCAAGGUGACAAGUGGGGAAGGGUUAGGCCCAUUGCAAUCACACUCCCACCUCGUCCGGGGUCUCAACAUGAAGACGCCAUCGUGGAACAGGUCGUUCCCGGUGGGUCGCUGAAGCAUAUUUCACCUAGCUACACAUUCGAAAUGUCCGUGGGUCCGAAGGGAACAACACCCGAGAGAUUCGAGUGGCGUAAAAGCCAUGGCAAUGAAAUCAAAGAUCUCGCCGGUCUCUCCUAUGGAUGGAAAUUGGUGCGGUUGGCAGGACCAGUGAACAGUGUAGGUGGGAGCAGAAGCGAGCGCGAUCGCGGUUACACAAGCGAUGGGUUGGAGAUUGUGGGUCUCAUCGCACACAACGCUUCUUGGAGCAUGACCAAAGGGUUUCGAUUUGCCUUUAUGGGCGCGGGGCUGACUGGUACCAUGGGAGAAAACUGGGAGAUUGUUGUGGUUACUUCUGCUCUCCAAAUGUGGUUCUUAGACGUCCAAGGCACAUCUGCUACAACCGCUGCUGUAAGUGCUGCCACCAGUUAA